AUGAAGUUCAAAACAGUGGAGGGGGUGGAGUAUUUUCGAGUGCUUCGUGAUAAUCAGUUGAAGGUGUGUUACAACUGCAUGUCGGACAGUCACGUUAUAAAAGAUUGCCCUGAUAUUGUGUGUAAUUUCUGCAAGGAAAAGGGACAUUACGCGAAGAACUGUAACAAAACUUUUCUUUGUGACAAAUGUGGUAACAAGGAGGAAGAGUGUGUGUGUAGCGUGCAUGAAGAUGACAGUGAGUGGAUUGAUGUCAGUGACAGUGAAAAUGAUGCAAUGAAUGAAGACGUGCCUGAAAGCCAAGUGACAGUUGAAAAGGCUACGCAGGAAAAACAUGUAGGUGAUAAUAAAGAUAAAAUACCAGUUUCGUCGAACUUGGACAAACAGCACACAAAGAUUGAAUUCAAAGCCGUGAAAUUGAGUGGCAGUAGUGACAACAAGGACGCUGAUACAAUAGCAAAAGAAAUUGACAAUUCUCAACAACGAAAGCCAUCGCGUCGGUCACGGUUGGUCAAGCGCCCUGCAGAUGAGGCAGUCUGGAGUACUGUGUCAACAAGAAAACAAAAGAGACAAGCCGCGCGUGCAAAAGGUGUGGAUGAGAGUUUAAAAGAGAGAAGAAUGAGUGAUUGUGUGAGUGUGGAUAAGAAUUAA